AACCCCUUCUUCAACGGAAUCGUAGAUUGUCGGUCGUCGCGACUGGACGUGCUUCGAGCUUCGCUCCGCCGCCGGAGUCUGCUCUGUCAAUUCAUUCGGUCGUUUUUGUUGUGGUUGUGAGUUCGCGGUGGAGAAUGGCAAACAGCGAAAAGCGCUGCGGCUGCUGGCAGACUUCAUCGGGUGACGAUCGUGGGCGACGACCGUCGUUCGGUAACACUUACACUCAGCCUCAUCAUCAUCAUCAGCCGGUCGAUGUAAUCGUCAAGUCAGGUUUGCGAUGCACUGAGUCAACCUUGCGUGACGACGAUCACAACGGAAUGUUUUGCGGAAGCGGAUCGAUCGACCUCAGCGAUCGGUUUCACCGGCUGUCGAACACCGUGCGGCAUGACUUUGGAACCGUGUACACCAUGAUCAAGGUCAUCGACGACAAACUGCAUGCCCUUGAGGAGUACUUCGUACGAGCACGGCACCAGGAAAAGUGGUCCGCGAUCAGUGGAACAGUUGCGCAAACCGACUCGAUUAGAUUGGAUCAAAUUGCUGCAAAGUGUGAUCAAAUUCUGAAGAGGCUUGACGCGGUCGAGAGCAAACUCGAGAGCCCAACCGCUACCGUAUCGUUGGACGACAUUUCUGCCCAACUCAACCAGCUUUCCAAAGAUGUCCAUCGGUUAUCCAACAAUCCAGAACCUCACAGCAGCAACGCCAAGCAUGUAACGCUCGUAACAGACCCACAAAUCCCAAGCAAACCGUUACACGCCAAAAUGUUCACUCUGAACCCAAAGCACAGAAUCUCAUCGUUCCUAGCGCCACGCUCCAAAGGUGAUAAUGAAACGCUUAUUCCAAAAGUCAACAGCAACGCUCAACCCAAACAAACCCCAACCCCACCCAUCUCAGCAGACGACUUCCUAUCAGAAGAAACGCUAACCCACUGCGCGGCCCGUCUCCGUGACACCAAAGUGAUGACCACCGUACGGAUCUUCCUGGCCUUUCUCGCCGAUCAGCCGCCGUCCGUUUGCUACGACGGAAUGACCUGCACCAGUGCGCGGAUGUUCCUGGCCCUGGAGGGUUUCCCCGUGACCGCGGACAAGCUCAAAGAACUGUACCUGCGGGUUCACGAAGCGAACGGACUCGACCGGAAAGCGGUGCUCGAGGAUCUGACCACCUACAGGGCAUUCAUUGCGUCGGAGCGAAUACAGCGGAUGCAGCGGGCACGCGAGAGUACGGACAAGUUUUACGGGAGGAAUGUGUCGAAAUCGAAGUGAUGAACCGGGGUGGUGGAAACCGGUGAAGACGCUUAGUUUUACGAUGAUUUUCAAAUCAAAAUAUUUCCGGUCUUCCGGUUUGUUCGUUGUCGAAUUAAGGGGUUACAUACAUGGCAUUAAAAUGUACACUUUCAUCUAUUAACAAAAUAAAUAUGAAGACAUUUGGAUGUACCAUUGCCGAGAUAUAGCUAUUUUAAGUUAGCAGUUUCAAUAAACGGGUGCCUUGAUAUCUCAACACUGCAUUGACCAAAUCGGCUCAAAAUUUUGGUGAAGACUCGUUAAACUGGUCCUGUGUGCAUGACGAAGGCCGAUUGUCAAAAACUUAAUUUAAAAAAAAAAGAUAAAAAUAUUUUUAUGUUUUUCAUUUAAAAAAUCGUCAGUUUUUGGUUGUUGUAUUUAAAAAAAAAAACAUAAUUUCAAAAUCGGGCUUCGUCAUGCACACGGGAUAAUUUUGUCUUGGGAGUCUUCACCUCAAAUUUCAGCCAAUUUGGUAAAUCCCAUCUCGAGAUAUCGUGACACCCGUAAAUGAACUGGGUGUUUAGAGAAAAACGUUCACAAAGUUUGACAGUUCGCUUUGCGCAUGGCAAAGUUGUGAACUUAAAUCGUCUCUUACUCAGUUUAAUAGUGAAAUAUCUUCAUGAAACAUUCAGGAGUGAUUGAAAUUCAUCUUUUUAGUGAAUUUAGUGAAUUUUCUGCAAAAUGAAAUUUUGGAAUUUUCUACAUGUAUGUAACCCCUUAAAUAGAUUUGGAAAAAAUUCUUUGGAUAACGAGAAAUCAUAGAAGACAAGUUGAACGAGGGCCUCAAAUGAGGGCUGUCUGUAAUGUAUUAUUUUGACUGAAAAUAAAUAUAUAUUUUUAAAGUAAUAUUUCCUUUCUUACCUGGGUCUACAGCAAAUCAACUAUAGCUAUUUUAAUGAUUCAUUAUUUUGUGAUCUGGC